AGUGGCAGCAGCGGCCCGCUUCAUCCCCGCGCAACUGUCCCUGCCCACAUGCGCGCAAUGCAGUCCAGGGCACAGGGAAGCCGGUUGAAGCCGGUAGCUGACUCGCUAGAACAUGUCGGAUUCGUGUCUAAGGGAGAUAAGAAGCUUCUCACCUACCAAGCUCAACACGAGUACUAUGACAAGAUUGUUGCGCGAUAUAUGAAAUUCUGUGCCGAUCACUCCAAAGACAUCGACGCUGCAUUUGCAUCCCUUCCUACCAGUGCCUCAAAUGAUGCGACUUCGAAUCCUCCAGCCGCCCUGCCUUCCUCCAAGCGAAGCCCCGCAGACAAAACCAUCCCCCCACCGUCAUCAGAACUAUCCACCCUCCUCCUGUCUCUGCGCAAGCUCCGCGAAGCCACUUUGGCCACGGCUUCAGAGACGCCGAUAGAUUUCACUCAGCGCGUCCAUGUAUUUUCCAUCCGCUUGUCCAUUCGCGCCCAGCACCCUCCAUCAUACUUCCCGUCCCUGCGCUACAGCCUCGACAAACUACACUCGCGAUCACACCCGCUUCCAGACUCCGAGGUCAAAGAGAUAGUCUCGUACUUGAUUCUCGACUAUGCCUGUCGACAAGACGAUAUGGUUUCAGCCUUUGAGCUGCGCGCUCGCGCGCGCAAGGACUAUGAGUUCUGCGACAAGGCCAUCGACCAGGCUCUCGGCGCAUUGAUGCAUGAUAACUGGGUCGUAUUUUGGCGGGUGCGCAAGACGGUGGAUUCGUAUACGCAGGCAGUGAUGGACUGGGCGGUGGAUCGUGUUCGGAGACAUGCGCUCAAGGCUGUUGGUAGUUCAUAUCUCAACGUCCAUGUGAGCUGGAUUGUUGGCGGUUGCACGGGCGACGAUGAGAGCUGGACGUGGGAGAAGCUGGUUGAAGUCGAGAAACUCGGUUGGGAGAAGGAAGGCGAGAAGAUUGUUAUCAGACGGCCGAAGACGCGUGCCCCUGCGAAACCGGAGCCGGCGCAGCUAACUACAGUGGGUUCUUGA